AUGGAGAACGUAGAUCCGCAACCGAUGGACCUUGUCGAGCCCACGAAGCCAACCGCGCCGCCCGCCGCGGCCGAAACCGCUGCGGCCCCGGAGAGCGCCAAGGAGCCGGAGGCGGCCAAGGAGCCGGAGGAGCCGGCCAAGACCGAGCCGGCUGAGCAGGCCAAGGAGGCGCCCGCGGCCGAGCCCGCGGCCGCCGAGGAGCCCGCCAAAGCGCCCGAGAAGGCCGACGAGGCCGAGGCGGACGAAGAAGAAGACGAGGAGGACGAGGCGCCGAAGCCGGGCCUCUACAACGGGUCGCAGAUCGUCGAGGGCAAGCGCGCGCGCAAGUCCACGGAGCGCAUCGCCAUCGAAGCGCCCCAGAAGAAGGAGAAGAAAGUGGGCGCCGGGACGCCGCUCGGCGAGAUGGCUGAAGUAGAUGAACUGAUGCGCGAAGCGAAGAACAAGGACGCCUUGGAAGACCUCCAUAGAGUCGUCUUCAAGACCAAGGGCGCGAAGGGCAAAGUCCGCAAGAACCUCGCGGCCUUCGCGGGGUUCGUGUUCGAGGACGAGAGCAAGGAGAAGCCGCGGCUCCUCGACCGCCUCGCGAAGUUCAAGAACGGCCAGAUCACGGCCAUGCUCGACCUGUGCCGCGUCGACCGCUCGGCCAAGUCCUUCGAGGGUAAGGUCGACAAGGAGAAGCUGAUUGGUAGAUUAGUUGAAUUUUUGGAGAAGCCGUCGUCGUCGUUGCAGAAGGCGGCGCCGAAGCGCAAGCGCGCGCCGGCGAAGAAGAAGGCGGUGCCCAAGAAGGCCGACUCCGACGACGAGGAUGAUGACGACGACGACGAGGUGAUGCCCGUGAGCAAGCGCCCGCGGAAGAAGGCCGCGCCGCCGCCGCCGCGCCGGGCCCCGAAGCGGGCCGCGCCCAAGGCCAAGAAGGUCGACCCGACCUUCGGCACGGACCCGGCCACCGAGACGUACGGCCUCGAGAACCUCGGCGAGAGCCAGCCCAUGCCCCUGUCCAUCCCGGUGCGCCUCUUCGCCGCCGUCGCGCGCGCGGAGCUUUUGAAGGACGCGUCGCUCGACCGCAAGGCGCUCAUGGCGAAGGUCGAGGCGACGGCCGGCUGCGCGAUGAAGUGCGGCGAGUUCAAGGCCGUGUGCCGCCUGCUGGCCGAGAAGGCCGCCUCCCUUAAUGAGCCCGAGGAGGAGGUCGCGCCGAAGCCCAAGCGCCGCGCCGCGCCGAAGAAGCGCGCGGCGCCCAAGAAGAAGGCCAAGGUCGAGUCCGAGUCCGAGUCCGAGCAUGAGGAGGACGAGGAGGAGGAGGACGACGACGACGCGGAGGAGGUCAUGCCGCAGCCCAAGAAGCGCGGCGCGCCGCGCGCGCGCAAGGCGCCCGUCGUCGACGAGCCCGAGGAGGAGGCCGAGGAGCCGGCCGCCGAGGAGCCGGCGGCGGCCGCCGAGGAGCCCGCUCCGGCGGCGGAGGAACCCGUGGCGGCGGCCGAACCCGCGGCGGAGGAGCCCGCGGCCGCGGCCAUGGAGGAGGAGCCCGCGGCGCCGGCCACGGAGGAGCCCGCCGCGGCGGCCACGGAGCCCGCGGCGCCGGCGCCGGCGGCGGACGCGAUGGACGAGGGCGGCGAGGCCGAGUUCCAGUGA